UUCGUUCGCUUCGCUCUCCUCCAUGAUGUCAUCCUUACCCCCUUCUUCAUCCUUGCUCAAAUCCCCCAGUGCGCCCUUGACACCCAGCAUUGCAGCCACCGGUCCGCGCAGGACGUCACGGAAGCGGCGGACGAGCUUGUAAAGCGCGUGCUCGCAAGCUUGACGUACCCACGGAGGUCGGCCUCCAGCUUUGCCCGCUCUCCGGCCAGAGCCGCCGCGACGCGGGGUGCAAAGAGGCUGAAAUGCGCGUGUGUCGUAGCCAAGAUACGCGAGAUGCGCGUCGACGAUGAGGGGGAAGCGGCCGUGAACACUGCAAAUGUCCGUAAUAGCUCCAUCCGGGCCUCGAACUGCCCCACUGGACUCGUGCGGAUGAACUCGUCCAGUAAAGGGACCAGAGUCUCCACAUCACCAUCGGACUGGCCCACGGCCUCGAAGAGACGGAACCACCAUUCUCUCACGCCACCUGCUCCGAAUUCUUUGGCUUGGACGUCCAGCAGCACGCGCCAACACCCCAGCUCAAGUCGGCGCCACUCGACGAUGAGUCCGGUGAACUCCGCCUGAUGAGCCUUGAGGGUGUUCUCCCGAUUGGCGUAGAUCUCCCAAUCGGCGGUUUCAAGCAGUAGCUGCUCGAGCGCAGAUAAAAUGUGCGCGAGGGGAGAUGAGAGCGGCAGCGCCAGGACUGCCGUGCACCGGGUAUGCAAGUGCUGUAGCACCAUCUGAUCCGGCCAUUCACCGAUCAGUGUGGCGAGUCGCGUACGAAGAGAAGAGACGACCUGGGCGGAUUUACGGGCUUCGGAGGGAUUGGGAGACUUGUAGAAGUUGUAAUCUUCGCCUGGCGAUGAAGAUGAAGAGGCGUCAUCUAAUAGGGUCAUCUGCAUGACAAGACUGGUCCCAUCCAGUUGGUCGGACAGAUUGGCAAAAUCAGCAUUCACUGCUCGGUGCACUGUUGCUCGCUGCAUCGUUUGGAAGAGUCCCGAAGCAGACCCAUCACCAAAGAGCGAAUGAUGC